GCCACUGCAGCUCGAGCUCCAAACUAGGACUUGCUCAGCGGAGGAGGCCGGUAGCCCAGAGCUGGAGCCAGAGCCAGAGCCGCCUGGAGACCCCAGCCCCCACCUGCUUGCCCACCUCCUGCCUGCCACCCUGCCUUCCAGAUCAGCCACCAGCCUGCCCCUCGCAUGGAGACCUUCUUUAGGAGACAUUUCCAGCGGAAGGCACCAGGCCCUGGAGCGGGGCAGCGGCGGCCCAGCGGUGUGGGGCUGCUCACGGGCAAGGCCCGGCGUCGCUCCCCUGCAGGGCAGGCCUCCUCCAUGCUGGCCCAGCGGAGGCGCUCCAGUGCACAGCCCCAGGGCUGCCUCCUGGGCUGCGGGGUGGGCACCCAGGGUACCAGCCGCCGUCGCUCCAGCACCGCGCCCCCUGCCUGCAAUCCCCGCUUUGUUGUGGAAUCCGUGCCCACCCCUCCGCCUGCCACCGUUGGGGCUCAGCUUCUGGGURCACCUCUGCUCUUGGCUGGGCUUGUCGGCAUGAAAGAGGAGGAGGAGGGUGUCCAGGAGAAUGUGACUGCUGGGGCAUCAAGUGCCACCCAGCCGGGCACCAGGACACCUCCCAACACUGCAGGCACCUGGCUGCUGCCAACCCUGCCCCGAUGCCUGCGUCGAGCCUCCUCCCACCUGCUUCCUGCUGAUGUGGUAUAUGAUCAUGCCCUCUGGGGCCUGCAUGGCCACUAUCGUCGCCUCAGCCAACAGCGGCCCUCUGGCCAGCACCCUGGCCCUGGGGGCCGAAGAACCUCAGGCACCAUGGUGGGCGCCAUGAUCCCUGCCCGGGUGCGCCCGCUGACCCGCAGGCGCCAGGUAGCCCUGCGGCGCAAGUCGGCAGGACCCCAGGCCUGGAGCACCCUGCUUGUGAAAGCUAUCACCAAGUCGGGCCUCCAACACCUGGCACCCCCUCCCCCAACUCCUGGGGCCCUGUGUGGCGAGGCCGAGAGGCAGAUCCGGAGCACUGUGGACUGGAGUGAGUCAGCAACAUAUGGGGAACACAUCUGGUUUGAGACCAACGUGUCGGGGGACUUCUGCUAUGUUGGGGAGCAGUACUGCGUAGCCAAGAUGCUGCAGAAAUCUGUGUCCAGGAGAAAAUGUGCAGCCUGCAAGAUUGUGGUGCACACCCCCUGCAUUGAGCAGCUGGAGAAGAUAAAUUUCCGCUGUAAGCCAUCCUUCCGGGAAUCUGGUUCCAGGAAUGUCCGUGAGCCAACCUUCGUACGGCACCACUGGGUACACAGGCGACGCCAGGAUGGCAAGUGUCGGCACUGUGGGAAGGGCUUCCAGCAGAAGUUCACCUUUCACAGCAAGGAGAUCGUGGCCAUCAGCUGCUCCUGGUGCAAGCAAGCGUACCACAGCAAGGUCUCCUGCUUCAUGCUGCAACAGAUCGAGGAGCCCUGCUCCCUGGGGGUCCAUGCAGCCGUGGUCAUCCCACCCACCUGGAUCCUCCGUGCUCGGAGGCCCCAGAAUACCCUCAAGGCCAGCAAGAAGAAAAAGAGAGCGUCCUUUAAGAGGAAGUCCAGCAAGAAAGGGCCUGAGGAGGGCCGCUGGAGACCCUUCAUCAUCAGGCCGACCCCUUCACCCCUCAUGAAGCCCCUGCUGGUGUUUGUGAACCCCAAGAGUGGGGGCAACCAGGGCGCUAAGAUCAUCCAGUCCUUUCUCUGGUACCUCAAUCCUCGACAAGUCUUUGACCUGAGCCAGGGAGGGCCCAAGGAAGCACUGGAAAUGUACCGCAAAGUGCACAACCUUCGGAUCCUGGCGUGCGGGGGCGAUGGCACGGUUGGCUGGAUUCUCUCCACCCUGGACCAGCUGCGCUUAAAGCCUCCGCCCCCUGUUGCCAUCUUGCCUCUGGGUACUGGCAACGACUUGGCCCGCACCCUCAACUGGGGCGGGGGUUACACAGAUGAACCAGUGUCAAAGAUCCUCUCCCACGUAGAGGAGGGGAAUGUGGUGCAGCUGGACCGCUGGGACCUCCGUGCGGAGCCCAACCCCGAGGCAGGGCCUGAGGAGCGAGAUGAGGGGGCCACAGACCGGCUGCCCCUGGAUGUCUUCAACAACUACUUCAGCCUGGGUUUUGAUGCCCACGUCACCCUGGAAUUUCAUGAGUCUCGAGAGGCCAAUCCAGAAAAAUUCAACAGUCGCUUUCGGAACAAGAUGUUCUAUGCCGGGACAGCUUUCUCUGACUUCCUGAUGGGCAGCUCCAAGGACUUGGCCAAGCACAUCCGAGUAGUGUGUGAUGGAGUGGACCUGACCCCCAAGAUCCAGGACCUGAAGCCCCAGUGCAUUGUUUUCCUAAACAUCCCCAGGUACUGUGCUGGCACCAUGCCCUGGGGCCACCCUGGGGAGCACCAUGACUUCGAGCCCCAGCGGCAUGACGACGGCUACCUCGAGGUCAUUGGCUUCACCAUGACAUCACUGGCAGCACUGCAGGUGGGUGGGCAUGGCGAGCGGCUGACGCAGUGCCGAGAGGUGCUCCUCACCACGGCCAAGGCCAUUCCGGUGCAGGUGGAUGGCGAGCCCUGCAAGCUCGCAGCCUCACGCAUUCGCAUUGCCCUGCGCAACCAAGCCACCAUGGUGCAGAAAGCCAAGCGGCGGAGUGCCACCCCUCUGCACAGCGACCAGCAGCCAGUACCAGAACAGCUGCGGAUCCAGGUGAGCAGGGUCAGCAUGCACGACUACGAGGCCCUGCACUACGACAAGGAACAGCUCAAGGAGGCCUCUGUGCCACUGGGCACUGUAGUGGUCCCUGGAGACAGUGACCUAGAGCUCUGCCGUGCCCACAUUGAGAGGCUCCAGCAGGAGCCUGAUGGUGCUGGAGCCAAGUCCCCAACGUGCCAGAAACUGUCCCCCAAGUGGUGUUUCCUGGAUGCCACCACUGCCAGCCGCUUCUACAGGAUCGAUCGGGCCCAGGAGCACCUCAACUAUGUGACCGAGAUCGCACAGGACGAGAUUUAUAUCCUGGACCCUGAGCUGCUGGGGGCAUCGGCCCGGCCUGACCUCCCAACCCCUACUUCCCCUCUCCCCAAUUCCCCCUGCUCCCCCACGCCCCGGUCACUGCAAGGGGACCCUGCACCCCCUCAAGGUGAGGAGUUAAUUGAGGCCGCCAAGAGGAACGACUUCUGUAAGCUGCAGGAGCUGCAUCGAGCAGGAGGCGACCUCAUGCACCGGGACGAGCGGAGUCGCACACUCCUGCACCACGCGGUCAGCACUGGCAGCAAGGAAGUGGUCCGCUACCUGCUGGACCACGCACCUCCAGACAUCCUUGAUGCUGUGGAGGAGAACGGGGAGACCUGUCUGCACCAGGCUGCGGCUCUGGGCCAGCGCACCAUUUGCCACUACAUCGUGGAAGCUGGUGCCUCACUCAUGAAGACGGACCAGCAGGGUGACACUCCCCGGCAGCGGGCUGAGAAGGCUCAGGACACAGAGCUGGCUGCCUACCUGGAGAACCGACAGCACUACCAGAUGAUCCAGCGGGAGGACCAGGAGACGGCUGUGUAGUUGGGGCAGCUCGAGGGACUGUGGCCAAAGGAUGAGCUCCUGCCCUGCCCACCUCACUGCCACAUUCCAGUCAGAUGGCCACGGGGGGACCCAUGACCCAGGGAAGGAGCCCUGUGCCAUCCCUGAGAAGCCACCCAGACCUAGGGCUGGACUCUGAGGAGCUGGGGCUCUUACCUGUCCCCCUGAGGUCCCCAGUCUGACCCCUAGGCUCACAGGGGAUCAGGAGGCUCACGGGAACAGGAAACCGGCUGGGCUGGACAGGCCUUUGGGAGACUGGAGCUGGGCGGCUUCAGGGCAGCCCCACCCUCACUGCAACAGAUGUGCUCCGCAGCCGCUGGACACUGGGCCGGGCAGAGUGGCCAAGGCACAGUCAGGGAGGCCUUCAGGAAGAGGCUUCGCAAACCACCUGGACUUUAGGACCCGCCCCAGGCUCCUGGGAGCUUAGACCCUCUCCUGCCCUGACACCCCUCAGGGCCUCGACCGGAAACCCAAGAGCCGGCUGCACUCGCCUGCCCGCUGCCCUGCUUGGCACCUACCCCGUGACCCUCCCGUGUACCAGUCAUUUCAUCGAGGGCUGUGUGGCCUGGGGGGUGGGGGGAUUCUCUCGGUGGGUGACAUGUUUACAGCUGGGUGUGACUCAGUAA